UCAGCAAUUAUCAGCGACGUUAACUAUCUUCAGUUACAAAGAAGUGAUAGAGAGAGAGAGAGGCUUAGACCAUCCGGGAAGUAAGAAAUAUUUUUUUCCUCGUGAACUUUUCGGCACGAAGGCAUUUUGGACAUCUUUGUGGGAGCCUCAGUCACUUUCGUUGAGUCUCUCUGAGUGAACAAGUUUGCACAAAGCGCUGCUGAAUCUGCUCCUCUGGAAAACAGACUUUAUCACCCAACCGUUCUUAUCUGGAACGGAUUUAUUUGCUUAUUAUACGGCGAACUGGAUAACGAAAAAUCGCCGACGACUCAAGGUGUCCUAGGAGCUGCGUGAUAGUGUCUUUACGUCACCCACUUUGUCCCAGGAGUCAAAACCCAUAUUCUUCCAAAUAGGACGAGUAUACGGUGUAAGAAUGUACCAAAGCCUUGCUAUGUCAUCCAACCAGUCCCCAUACGCACACGAUGCAGGGAACUAUAUUCACCCUUCGGCGAGUUCCCCAGUCUACGUGCCCACUACGAGGGUGCCUGCUAUGCUGCAAACCCUGCCGUACUUGCAAACAUGCGAGUCCGCCCAUCAGUCUCAUGGCCUCGGCGGGCAUCACGGCUGGUCUCAGUCUGGCGCAGACAGUUCGUCCUUCAUUCCAGGCAGCCCCCAUCCGCUCCCCGGGUUCUCCUACUCUCACAGCCCGCCAGUAACCAGCAAUAACGGCAGGGACACAGCCUACCAGAAUCAGCUAGUGCUUAGUAACGGUGGUCGGGUUGACCACUAUGGCAGCACUUUAGUGCGGUCAGUUGGAGGAUCGUACUCGAGUCCCUACGCGUAUAUGAGCCCGGAGAUGUCGACCUCUUGGACACCUGGCCACUUUGACAGCGGCAUGAUCAGUCUUCAGGGACGACAAGGUUGCCUGUCUGGGAGAAGGUCCAGUUUGGACAUGUCAGAGGAGUUCCCGGGAGAAGGGCGCGAGUGCGUAAACUGCGGCUCCAUCUCCACUCCUCUGUGGCGGCGGGAUGGUACCGGGCACUACCUCUGCAAUGCCUGCGGACUGUACCACAAGAUGAACGGAAUCAACAGACCGCUCAUCAAACCACAGAAACGCCUGCAGACCACAUCUCGCCGGGCCGGCCUAUGCUGCACCAACUGCCACACCAGCACCACCACGCUGUGGCGUCGCAGUGCGGAGGGAGAGCCUGUCUGCAACGCCUGUGGCCUGUACAUGAAACUACAUGGGAUCCCCAGACCAAUGGCCAUGAAGAAGGAAAGCAUUCAGACAAGGAAACGGAAACCUAAGAUGCCGAAGUCCAAAAUCUCAACAGGAGAGUCUUCAGCAUCAGGCACCAACUCCCCGUUCUCCCUGUCUGUCUCAGAACAUGCCUCUACUGUAAAGAGUGAACCCAACAUGGCUCCCUCCCCCCACACCAGACAGGCCGUAGCCUCUAUGUCCAAGGCUUCAUCACAUCUGAACAGUGCAGGAUCAGGACAUGUGGACAUCAAGUAUGAGGACUACCCCUUCACUCCUGCGUCUAUCGCCCCACAGAACUCCUGGUGUGCUCUGUCUCAGGCGUGAGCUAGCUAGACCACAGUUCACUUGGACCGGGUCCUGGGCCUGGACCCAGCUUAGCUCAGCUCACUGUGGAUAAGAUAGACUUGUGAAGAGAGCUACCUGUUAUUGACUAACUCUUUUUCCCGUGGAUGGAGGAACGGAAAAACAGAAGGAAGCGACGGCAAUCAAGGGGAAUGUAUUUGUGGCUACUAUCAAUACUAUUUCUAGUUGUUGUUGUUGUUGUUGUUGUCUUUAUUGUUGUUGUCUUUAUUGUUGUUGUCAUUAUUGUUGUUGUCUUUAUUGUUGUUGUCUUUAUUGUUGUUGUCUUUAUUGUUGUUGUCAUUAUUGUUGUUGUCUUUAUUGUUGUUGUCUUUACUGUUGUUGUCAUUAUUGUUGUUGUCUUUAUUGUUGUUGUCAUUAUUGAUAUUUUGCUGAGUUCACCAUUGCAGUUUUAUAUGGUGUUUCAAGAAAUAACCAGAAAGAGUUCAAUAAGUUAUUACAGAGUGUUAAAGGGAUACCUCGGGAUUUUUCAAUGAAGCCCUUUAUCUACUGACCCAGAGUCAGAUGAACCCCUAUAUCUACUGACCCAGAGUCAGAUGAAGCCCUUUAUCUACUGACCCAGAGUCAGAUGAAGCCCUUUAUCUACUGACCCAGAGUCAGAUGAAGCCCUUUAUCUACUGACCCAGAGUCAGAUGAGGUCCUUUAUCUACUGACCCAGAGUCAGAUGAACCCCUUUAUCUACUGAACCCAGAGUCAGAUGAACCCCUAUAUCUACUGACCCAGAGUCAGAUGAAGCCCUUUAUCUACUGACCCAGAGUCAGAUGAAGUCCUUUAUCUACUGACCCAGAGUUAGAUGAAACCCUUUAUCUACUGACCCAGAGUCAGAUGAAACCCUUUAUCUACUGACCCAGAGUCAGAUGAACCCCUUUAUCUACUGACCCAGAGUCAGAUGAAACCCUUUAUCUACUGACCCAGAGUCAGAUGAACCCAUGGAUACCAUUUUUAUGGCUCUGUGUCCAUUAUGAAGAAAGUUAGGGGUAGUUUCACAAGCCAAUGGAAAUUAGCGUUAGCGCAAUGACUGGAAGUCUAUGGUAUCUGCUAGCAUGUAGAGACAUACAAUUGGUAUCCACGAGUUCAUCUGACUCUGUAGAAACAGAUAAAGAGCUUCAUUGCCAAAAUCCAGAAGUAUCCCUUUAAACACAAAACCCGGAUGGACAAAAAAUGCAAGUGUUUUAUUACCUCUGAACGUGUUUCAUUACUGCCGUGUAGAUGGUUAACUUUCAUAGAAACAUUAUUUAUGUUGAGAUAAGAAUCAUCAUGAAACACCAAAGACAACAUGUCAAAUCCCAGAAGUCCCUUCACCUUCUCAGAAUGUUUUGUAUGUUUCAAGGUAUGACGUCAAAAAUAGGAAGUAUACAUUUACAUGUGUUUUGUAUGUAAUGAAUUACGUAUGUUGUUCAUUUUAACAAACGAUGCAAAUAUAUUCAUUUCUAUUUUAUCAGAUAGGUUAAAAGUAGCUAAAUACUUUUUUAAAUUUUAUUUUAGACGUUGCAUCUGCAUCCUGAAUCAGAUUUCUAUAUUUCCAAAACCACUGUUCUAUUAGUUAAAAUUUUAACAAUGUAUCGUCUGAUCAUUUAACGUGCAAUUACUUCAU